GUGUUUGCCUCGAAUGCUAGUGUCUUCAUGCCGCUAGUUGAUUAUGCAGAGCGCAGGCCUUUUGCUCGGCCACGCGCUUUCACGCCGCGGGAGCCGCCAGCAGGAUUGACAGCACUCGCAGCUAUACCGCUACUCGCGCUGCGCAAGUCCAAGCGACGAAUUACACGCGUCCCAUCGAAACCACCCAAAGCAGAGCCUGUGAAGCACAGCUAAAACAUGGGCAAAGGCGGCGCCGUCCUCACCGUAGGCCGCCCUUUACCCUGGCAAGAAGCAAAAGAUAAACUAACAUACGUAAGGCAGCACGGCGUCGACCAGUUCAUCCAGCACUACCGCAGACACGAGACGAAGCAAAGGGACACGUUGUUGUAUGGCGACGAGAUCGAGUACGGCCUCUUCAAGCUCUCGAGCGACGGUGCUUCCCUGUCUUUACGAGGUGGUGAAGUGAGAAGUUUACUCUCGAACCGAGAAGCGGAGGAGCGACGGGCGAUCCCGGAAAGUGGAAAAGUGACGUGGCACCCGGAGUAUGGCGCUGACUCAGCGUCCGUUUCCGAACGUUUCCGAACUUCAAGGUCGCGUCGAUGGCGUCGGCGCGACGUCACGUCGCCGCGACGCCGUCUUCAUGAUCAUCAGAGCAUGAACGGAGGCGUCGUUCCGCGCAGGCUCCUGGAUGGUCGAGUCGACGCCCGAGAAACCUUACAGUGGAUAUACGGACGAUCUGAGAAGAGUCGAGUCGUCGAUGCGUUCUAGAAGGGCGAGAUUAUUGAUGGCCCUCAAGGAUAACGAAGUGGCGCCGACAGUCGUAGCAUUUCCAUUACUAGGUGCCUCGAACGACGAGCUACCGAGAAACGGGCCCGUGGCUUCUUCCGUACUAGUGCCCGACGACGUCAUCAAUCCGCAUCCUAGAUUUGGCGCCCUGACCAAAAACAUACGCGAGCGCCGCGGUUCCAACGUUGAGGUAAUAGCGCCGCUCUUCCAAGAUGAUAACACGACGGGUGAUGCUAUCAAGGCGGACGCGAUGGCCUUCGGCAUGGGCUGCUGCUGCCUCCAGGUCACGUUCCAGUGCCGCGACGUUGACGAAUCGCGACAUGUCUACGACCAGUUGGCUGUUUUAGCUCCCAUCAUGAUGGCUCUCACGGCGGCGACGCCCAUCUUGGCCGGCAAGUUACAAGAUCAUGAUUGUCGGUGGGACAUCGUUUCGCAGUCCGUUGACGAUCGGACCACUGACGAGCGGAGAACUUCACUGUCGUCCUCGUCGAAGGGCGAUAAACGUUUGGCUGGCAGUGGCACGAGGAAGCUGCGAACCUCUCGGUAUAGUGCAGCGGCUUCGUACGUCUGCCGACGAUGCGACUUACACUCGUGCGCGGCGCGAUAUAAUGAUGUCGAGGUAGAAGUAGAUGAAUCCGCACUACAGAAACUAAAAAAAGAAGGCAUUGAUGACUUACUAGCGACGCAUGUAGCUCAUUUAUUCGUGCGAGAUCCGUUAGUCAUUUUUGAUGGGCUCUGCGAGGAGGUAGAUGAUAACACACAAACGGACCACUUCGAAAACCUGCAGUCGACGAACUGGAACUCGGUGCGGUGGAAGCCCCCGCCGGCUGACUCGAACAUAGGGUGGCGCGUCGAACUCAGGACGAUGGAGGUCCAGCUCACGGACUUCGAGAACGCUGCUUUUACCGUCUUUUGUGUAUUGGUACUUAGGGUGUUAUUGUCCUUCGAUUUGAAUAUUUAUGUGCCCAUGUCGAAGGUCCACGAGAACAUGGACCGGGCCCAUAGUCGAGGAGCGGCCUCCCAACAAAAGUUCUGGUGGCGGUCGCACACUGUGUGGAAAUCAACCAGUGGACAACGUUGCGUCGAUGGCGUAGAAGCUCUACGCCAUCGAGCAGACGCAGUCACAAGGACAAUGUCGCGUCGAUGGCGUGGGGCGCCCGAAAUUUGAUUUCCACACAGGUCGCAUAUGGUCGUGCCGGGCGAGCCCUGCGCGGGCGACAGGGAGGACUCCGUCGUCGAGAUGACGCUGCUGGAGAUCCUGACGGGCAAGGGGGGCUACUAUCCGGGCUUGGUGCCGCUGGUGCUCGUGUACCUUGAUAGUAUAGGAUGCGAUCCCGACACGGCGUCGCGGGUGCAGGCCUACGUCGAUCUGAUCGUGAAGCGAGCGUCGGGCGAGCUGCAGACGGCGGCGGCGUGGCAGCGCGACUUCGUUUGUACGCAUCCAGAUUACAAGAAGGACUCUGUGGUGUCGCCGACGAUCGCCAGAGAUCUACUGCAGCGGUGCCAUUCUAUAGGUGUGGGCGACGUCCACGAGCCGUCGCUGCUCGGUGAGAACGUCGUAGCGCCCGUGCGCAAGGAGAACGCCUACAACGUCCAAUUGUCGCGGGUGCACUUCCAGACGUCGUCUUCACUUUGUACGCUGUUAGAUCAAUAUGCUGAAAGAGCAUUGUUAGUAAAGAAGCGCAAAAGUGUAGUGGAAGACGUCGCUCGGUUGAGAAAUGAACUAGACGAGAAGGAGAAGGAGCUCAAGGAAUUAAAUGACGCGCUGGAGCCGUCGAACGGCGUGCAACGGUCGCCUUCCCUCAACCGUUUGCAUUCCGAGGAGGGCGAGAACCUCGCCGUGACGUUGGAAAGGAUGCGCGGCAUCAGCGAGACCCUCGAGCCGGCGGCCGGCGACGGCGUCUGAACUGUACCCCAAGUAUAACUUAUGCCUGUACAUCUAUCUUAUGUAUGUGCA